CUCUCACCGCUCUAUAUACGUUUCUUUCAUCAAUAUUCCUUCUGCUUCUUUUUUUUUUCCUUGGAAAAAAACAAUGACAAUCAUCAUUGAAAAGCCUGAUCUUGAUUUGCAAAUUAUGGAGCAGAAAGUGCAGGAGGAGCCCAGAGAGUUGGUCUUGGAUGCAGGAUUUAAGGUGCAGAAAUCUGUCACAAACACUGGGUUUGAUGCCCCAGAAAUCAAUUCUUUUGGCCAGUCAUUCAGGGACUAUGAAGCAGAAAGUGAGAGGAAAGAGACAGUUGAGGAAUUCUACAGAUUGCAGCACAUUAACCAAACAUAUGAUUUCGUGAAGAGGAUGAGAGAAGAGUAUUCGAAAUUUGAUAGAGCAGAAAUGAGUAUUUGGGAAUGUUGUGAAUUGUUGAAUGAAGUUGUUGAUGAGAGUGAUCCUGACUUGGAUGAGCCUCAAAUCCAGCACUUGUUACAGUCAGCAGAGGCAAUAAGAAAGGAUUAUCCUGACCAAGACUGGCUUCACUUGACUGCUCUUAUUCAUGAUCUAGGAAAAGUUCUUCUCCUCCCUCAAUUCGGUGGGCUUCCUCAAUGGGCCGUUGUAGGGGACACAUUCCCUCUUGGAUGUGCUUUUGAUGAAUCAAUCAUUCACCACAAGUAUUUCAAAGGAAACCCAGAUCACAACAAUCCUGCUUACAACACCAAGAAUGGUAUUUACAAAGAAGGGUGUGGAUUGGAAAAUGUGAUGAUUUCUUGGGGCCAUGACGAUUACAUGUACUUGGUGACCAAAGAAAAUGGAACAACCUUACCACCAGCUGCAUUGUUCAUCAUCCGAUUUCACUCCUUCUAUCCAUUGCACACAGCAGGAGCAUACAAACAUCUAAUGAAUAAGGAGGAUGAGGAGAAUCUCAAGUGGCUACAUAUUUUCAACAAAUAUGACCUUUACAGCAAGAGCAAAGUUCUUAUUGAUGUUGAAGAAGUGAAACCUUACUAUAUGUCCCUCAUCAACAAAUAUUUUCCAACAAAGCUCAAAUGGUGAAACAUUGAGGAGGGAGGUUUAAUUGCGACAACAUUAUUGGAUUGGGAAUUAAUGUGAUAAUUGAGUGUAUGAUUAGGAGGGGGUUAUGAGGAAAUAAAAUUGUCUUUAGUGGAUAUGUGAUUUUGAGUAUUGGCAUAAUUAAUUAUCAAUUCCUAGUUUA